AUAUCUUAUGUUUUCUCUCUCUCUCUCUUUUAAACUUAUAUAAUACAUGAAUUCUCUUAUAUCCCAAUUCAUUCAAGUGUCUUUGUAGUUUCAGUUCUGCACCAUAUAUUCAACUUGGUUCCUCAAAAUCAGAAGAUGGCACCAACAUCUACAGAUGCUGCAAAUGGAUCAAACCACUCAAAUGAAACCAAAGGAAAAACCAUUACUUGCAAAGCUGCUGUGGCAUAUGGUCCAGGAGAACCCUUAGUAGUAGAAGAAAUUCAUGUACAUCCUCCUCAAAAAAUGGAAGUUCGAAUCAAAAUUCUCUAUACCUCCAUUUGCCACACCGAUCUCAGCGGUUGGCAAGGCGAGUCCGAACCACAACGCGCUUUCCCUCGAAUUUUCGGCCAUGAAGCCUCCGGGAUUGUGGAGAGUGUAGGGGAAGGAGUGAGUGACAUGAAAGAAAAGGACCAUGUAGUGGUGAUAUUCAAUGGAGAAUGUGGUGAGUGUGUGUACUGCACGUGUGAGAAAACCAACAUGUGUGAGAGAUUUGGGGUGAAUCCAAUGAAGAAGGAAAUGUGUGAUGGAACAAGUAGGUUUAGUACGAAAGAUGGUAAAGCUAUUUUCCAUUUUAUGAACACUUCAACUUUCACGGAGUAUACUGUGGUGGAUUCAGCUUGUGUUGUUAAGAUCAAUCCGGAAUAUAGACUGAGUCUCAAGAAUCUCACCUUGCUUAGUUGUGGAGUUUCAACAGGAAUUGGAGCUGCUUGGAAUACUGCCAAUGUUCAUGCUGGUUCAUCUGUAGCAGUCUUUGGUUUAGGUGCAGUUGGUCUAGCCGUUGCAGAAGGGGCACGAGCCAGAGGUGCUUCCAAAAUAAUAGGUGUGGAUAUCAACUCAGACAAGUUCAUCACAGCCCGAGAUAUGGGAAUCACAGACUUCUUAAAUCCAACCGAUGAAGACAGGCCGAUAUAUGAGAGAAUCAGAGAAAUUACUGGAGGAGGAGCAGACUACAGUUUUGAAUGUACAGGAAACUUGAAUGUUCUAAGAGACGCUUUCUUGUCUGUUCAUGAGGGUUGGGGAUUGACUGUACUAUUGGGAAUUCAUGCAUCACCAAAGUUGCUUCCCAUCCAUCCAAUGGAGCUCUUUGACGGUCGCAGAAUUGAAGGAUCGGUGUUUGGAGGUUUCAAAGGCAAAAGCCAGUUGCCUAAUCUUGCCACAGAAUGCAUGCAAGGAGUGAUAAAGCUGGAUAAUUUCAUCACUCAUGAGCUUCCAUUUGAGGAGAUAAACAAAGCCUUUGAUCUUUUGAUUGCCGGGAAGUCACUCAGAUGUCUUCUGCACCUCUGAGAGAAGAUGCUAUUUUUUGCAAACAGAGAGAUCACUCUCCAGUUUUAUGAUAUCUGAAUUCUACAAUAGAAGUAUAUCUAAAUAUAAACAUGUAAUAGUGUUUCUAAAUAGUACUUACGCAGCAUUGUCUUAAUGUGAAGUUUGCUAUGACGACCAAGAAAUAAAAGUAGAAGUGUGUGAAUAGGAAUUAGUUU